AUGUUCUUGCAAUGGAUCUCAAAAUGCGACCUGAUGCCGGUAUCUGCUGAUUCGUACGUGCUCAAGAAAUUCUCCGAAAAAUGUCAGCGCGGCAUGUGUUCAAUGGUUGUCAGUUCCCUUACCGAGACGAAUGUAGACAUAUUGACGGUGAUGCCCAGUGGUCAUCAUAUCCGCUGGGCCAUGGAGGUACUUGGCCACUCAUUUGCGCUGCCUAUGGAGGAUUCGGACGUCAUCUUGGGCUCUUUGGGCAUCUACCAACGCUGGCUUGGGGUAGACGACGAGACUAAAAGCGGGAGAGAUCAGAGACCAGCCUGUAUGCAGAAAGUAGAACAGACAUUUAUUCAGGACAUGCUGGGCCAGAUGACGCUGCUUUUUGAGGAGCGCACAAAAGAGGACGGGAGUGUGGAAAAGAAUAUGGCCACACAUGUGAAUUUAUGCACGAAGGUGUUAGAGACUUUUGAUGCUCUGGUGAAGCUCCGAGGAGCGCAACUAUCUAAUUCAACGUGGAAUCGGCUCAUUCGACUGAUUCUUGGCGCAGCGGAUGGUCUGCUACAUAAUCUACGCAACCAACUGGGCAAUCACUUGUGUGGACAGCUUGUGCGACUUUUGUUUGAAAUCUAUCUGCGGUCACUGCCGCAGUGUGGGCCGAGAGGUGAGCUGUGGAGUUUGCUGCAAAAGUUCUGUCGGCGCUGGAUUCAUCGAACGCUAGUUAUCGAGCAGUGGAACGCUGUCACGCUUGGACUCACGCGGAAUCUUAUGCGUCGAAUCCACGAUCGGGACGUUACCAAAGAGAUCGAGAUCAUUUGGGUAGACAACCGACAGCCCUCCAAGUUCGAGCUGGAGAGCCCCAUGCUUGCUUAUGCGUGGUACCGUCUCCUCCGCGUGAUCGGCCAUCCUUCUGCGAUUUUUGACCCGGAUGUUUACCUCGCUGCUGUGAAGGGAGUGAGUCGACUAGCCGACGAAUUUGCGCGCAUUGAAAUGGUGCCGCGUGUGCAGUGGGAGCACCUGCUUGGCGUACUCAACCAAGCGCCGGACCGCGACAGCCCAGUGUUCCAAGGUGUUCAGAACGGGAAUGCCGAUUCGACCAAUGACAUGCCCACAACUGCUCUUCUGACCACAACGGAGCAGCCGCGAGCUCCGCCUGAUGUCAACUCGAUCCUACGGCUGCUGGGACCUUGGCUAUUUGAUGCCUGCUUGACUCGCAAAUCGCGCUUUGCAGCUGGUCGCAGUGAAGCACUGCGCUGCCUCGGUAGGCUUUUGUGCCAUUACUCCAAUGGCCGCUCCAAACGUAUCAACUGGGCUUUCAGCGUUCGCAGUUUGAUGGCUUUACAGAAUGCACUGCUCGAUGAUGACGAACGGAUUGUAGCUUCUGCAGUAUACAACUGGUCGAACGUGUUCAGUUUGUAUGGAAACCAUACACUACGUGGUGCCGGUGUUAUUGCAGGACCAUUUCACAAGGCUAUUGAGUGUGUAUUCCGUGCUGCGGAACGUAAGGACACUUCGUCUUCGUCAUCUACAAAAGCUGAUGGUCGGCGUGGUGGACAUUCAUUCUUUGUUCAGGAUGAUCAACAUAUUGGAGGAAUCCCUAUUGUGCUGCUUCGACGAGCAAGCAUUGAGGCUUGCAGCUCUCUUCUCACUAUACAUGCCCACGUUCCACGUGCGAUGAUCAAGGAAGCUGAGCAAGAGAUCGUACCUCCUUCGAUGGCCGGUCUUCCAGGACUGUAUUCAAGCUUGCCUAAGUACACCAGUUCGAACGUUGUCGCUCUCCUGAUGACUGCGAUUAAAACCGAGACAGACCCUACAAACCAACAGAUGAUGAUGUGGAUCAUGACGGUGGCCAUUCAGCAGGAGGCUGCUUAUUGGACGAACGGUUUGGCAUCCAGUCGCAACUCCCAAGUACCUUUUACAAUCUUGCUGAUUUGUACUAUCAUCAGCAAGUCGCAAAAGUAUAAGCCACCAGUGCUGUUCACGGCGUUUGACUGCCUGCGCCAUUUAUCAUUGGUUUGUGAGGAAGUUUUCUUCCACCAUGCGAAUUCGGUUGUCCACCUGGUCAAUGCGUGUUGCGACUUCAUUAGCAACAAUGCGCCGAUUUUGCGCUCGAGGACGGCACCGUUCUAUUUGGAUAGUCUCAUGGCAGCAGCAUAUCACUGCAUAAUCGAAUGGAUAGUAGCCGUACCUUUGUUGCUAAGCAAGCAACAAGUUAUCGCAAAGAUUAUCACAACUAUCGUAGACGGUAACGAGCGGUUCCAGUCGUUGUCCCCCAAUGGCACGAACAUGUCCGUGCGCGAGGCUGCUGAGAAACUGGUGAACAUGCUGAUGAAGCAUCAUGUUUCGCAUACCAGUCAUUCUGGUUCCAUCGGCCACUCAUCGAAUUUGGCUGAAAAGUCUGUGCUUGUACAGUUCUGCGACCUGAACGACGCGACCGAUAUCUAUCGCCAUUGCCGCUUCUUCUCUGUAAACAAAAACUCUAUUCUGACAGUGAUCGAGAAGCCUGCGAACGAGACGCAAUCAGGGGAAGCAAUUCUAAUUAUGCGAGACUCAACUGGUCGUUAUGUGUGGCGUUCAAAACCCAGGCACCAUGAUGGCCCACGCCCUAAGAGUGUAGCUGAGUUCGAGAAUUUCACUGAAGACCCCGGCGCACAAGCUCGAAAGCGCUGUGACUUCGAUUCUGACUCUGACGCGAAUACUCACGAGGAGAGCGACGACGCCGACUAUGAAAGUGAUGAGGAGCCACGCGUGGAAGACCCACUGCUUGUUGCGAUUUGCAACACGCACGCAAAGACUCCCAUGACAAGCUGGCGUUCAUCCCCUGAUGGUGGGGCUGACAUGGGCUCGAACCCAAUGAAAGUUUUGUCAGGCGAAGGCAAUACGGGAAUGUGCACGAUCGAACGGAAAGCUCAGGCUGGUCGUGAUGAUGCCCGAAGCACUCAGGAUGCAAUAUUUAUGAGUUUGCUAGUGUCACAGAGCCAAGAGGAUAGACUUGCUUCUCAACCGAAAGGCUCUGCGUGUGGCGUCAGGUGCUGCAAACCCACACCGCCAGAGAAAGACCCUGUGCUCCAGACGUGGGAAGUAUCACGGAGGAUGAUGAGUGAGCUGGGCUUUCUGUCAGUACGCAACUGGGGUUCUGUAUUCGCCAUGGAUGCAACAGUGGCUACUGAUUUUCUCCGAGACUUGGAGACACUUGAUAAACUUCCUGAGCGUGAAACAUUUGAUAUUGCUGUUGCGUAUGCAUUUACUGGUACUUCUCGAGGUGGCUAUGACCAGAUACAUCUGGCUACCUCGACGGAUGUGCAUGCUGGCUACGUUGAUCUGUCAAAGGACUACCAGCUCUUCCUGUCGUCCUUUGGUGAACGAGUUGAUAGUCACGACCGCAAAGGAUACUCUGGCUUCGACGCUAACCUCGCGAAUGGCCGGAUGCUUUACUAUUCGCACUACAGUCACGAGGCAUGCAUUUACGUGCCUACCCUUUUGGUGGAAGGAGAGGAUGGUAACAGCGACAGUGACAGUGAAGCCGAAGACACUGAAGGGGCACAUGCCAGGAUGCUGUUCCAACACGCUAAUGUCAUCAUUGUCUGGAACGAGAGCCAGCAGACGUAUCGCCCGGGGAGUGUGUUGUGGGACGCGGUAUUCAAGCUACCGAUGCCUACUUCAGGAGUAGUACUGAUCAUCGACCCAUUGGGCAACGACCUUUACUGUGUGCACGUUAGCCAUGAGUCGUCACCGCUGUUCAACCAACGCGAUGUUAUUGCAAACCAAGAGGGCAGCUACGUGGACGAGGCUGACGUAUAUACAAGCCGCGUGCUUGGUCCGUUGCUGGAUGGUAUGGUGGUUAACGGUGCUUGGUUGGCCCCCCUAGUGCGCCAAACUGCCAUCAACGCAGCCGUCCUUUCACGUGCUUUUCAUCGAUAUCAACACGAUAUUGGUGCAGUUUCGUCUGCGCCUGUAGGUGCUGAAGCCAACCGCAGCAAUGUGAUUACAUCGUUUGUUAACAAGCACAUGCGUCCAAAGCUUCCUGGCGAGUUUUAUGGCGACUUGUUUGCGGAUCUUACUAGCGAAUGCUAA